UAAUUGUGACAUUCAAUAUGUCAGGGACAUUAUGCAAGCGGGUUGCAUUCAGUAAAUUAAAACGCAAAAUUGCAUUAAUGAUGCCAGAGAAGCAGUUUGAAAAGUAUAAUUAGCAAGUUGUGCAAUGUCAAAUAUUAUAAAUCAAGAUACAGUUAUGCCUCUUAUAGCAGUGCGGUGGAAGAUCACGUACAUGAUUUGUACUUAAAUUAUAUUUUUUAUAUAUUUAUUAAACGAUAUGGCUGUUCGACAUCGAAUUCAGUGGUUAAUUAUUCAUACUGUAUACUGUGUUGCAAUAGUUCAAAGCACACUGUUGGAUAUAAAUGAUGCUAAAUCUUGCGACUUGUUGUGUGCACAAUGUAAUGCCUCUGCAGUAUUUGCACACGACCGCUGCGAAUGUAAUUCUUCUGACAAUAGUGACAAAGGAGUAGAAUGUAUACAGCGUAUACAGAGAGAGAUUCAAACUAUCGAUCUAAAUACACUUUCUGAAGAUCUUACGGAUGAGGAGCGAGCUGUACGUUCUAUUGUAACAUCCAGACGUCGUCUUCGAAUGGGAGAUGCCGACAAAGUGGCACAGUAUUUUAUAAAUGGAGGGCCAGCGGUUGGUCACUCACAUUUUAUCAAAGCGUUCAAUGCGGCUUACGAUAGCACAGAUUCUGCAACAAAUUCAUUUUCGGGCAUCCUCGAUGGGAAUAGACCCGAAAACGAAUUUUACGGUGAAAAACCGUUAAAUAAUGCAAUUUCUUGGAAUACAUACAAUUCUCCAUUGUACAUGGUAUCAGAGGCAGGACCGUGCGUACAUCCAGUUGUAUCCGGCGUAGAAACUCCAAUUGUCGGAAUGAUAAAUCCAGCUCUUAGUUAUCCAGCAAACGAAGUGUACGCAACAAACCCAUUGGUGGGUUCAAUUAUUCAUCCUUAUAGACAUGGAUUGCCCCUCCAUCAUACCUUACACAGAUUUCCAGGACAAAUUUUGUCGAAUCUGUUUGGUCAUCGUCGUGCAGUCUAUCAUCAUCCUGUGUAUCAUGGCGGUUUCAGAAGCUCUAACAAUAUAAAUCCAGUUUCUGCUAGUCAAUCUACUGGAGAAAAUGAUAGUUCUGCUGCUUUUAAAGACUUUCCUAUUGCCAGAAGUAAUACUGAUAAAUCUAUUGACCAAAAUAUUGUUGAAAAUCCGACAUAUAUGCUCAAUGCAAAUCCAGUAUACCCACCAAGGCAAUAUCAACUCUUUAGUACCCCAUAUCAAUAUACUUCUUAUCAUAAUCCCUUGAUUAAUGUACUCCAUCCUGUAACUGAUGGAUAUAUUGUCCAACCUGAAUAUAUUCCACAAUAUAUGCAUGAUACAUCAGAUCCACUGAUUUCUGCGUUAAAUCCAAAUUCUUAUUGUACAAAUAAUAUAAAUGCUGAGCAGAAAAAUGAAAUAUCAACUGUCAAUGUACAUUCUAAUAAUGAGGCAGAGCAAUCCAAUAAUGCAAUUAAAAAUAAGGAAAACAACAAAACAGAGAAAAAUGAAAACAAUAAAUCAUAAUAAAAUAAUAUAAAUUAAAUGCGUUAUUUUCUUAUAUUUCUUGUCCAAAAUCUCAAAUUUCUCGAUUAUAUUGCAUGCAUACAACAAAUAAUUAAAGAUUUCAUUAUUAUAAUCUCUCUUUGAUAAGCAUAUUAACAAUAUUAAAAAUUUUCCCAAAAAAUUUAAAUAUUAAUUAGUUUGCU